GACUAGAAGUGUUUUAUGGGGUGUGCGGAUAAUUAGGCCGGAAGUGCUUUGUAUAACGGAGGGAGUACAAGUGUACAACCCUCAAGAUAAGCAAUUGAACUAAAUUGAUUUGGUGAAACAAAUAUACUCCUAUUCUGCCAAUAAAAAUGUUUUGUUUUUCUAUAUACACACAGAAUCAAACAUGAUGUUUGCCUCUAUACUACGGAGUAUAUGAGAGAAAAUACUAUGUGUAUUCUUUAGCUUAAUUAUUCAAAAAAAUAAACAGUACAUGUAGUUCUCCCAAAUUGAACACAUUUAGUCACUUGAUAUUGUCUAACUUCAAGCUUUUAUUUUCUGUUUUAUUUUGCUUCAAAAUUUUCAAACGUUAACCUUCUCCCAAAAUUUUCUAAAGAUUUCAAACUCCAACCCUGGAUUUUCUCCUGCAUUUCUUAUUUGACGCAAGGAAUUGAAUUCAAAUAAAGAGUGGCAUGGCAGCACAAAUAGAUAGCAUUUGCAGGGCAAUCUUUCUAGGUUAAAUUGCAAAGUUCAAAGAAAAAGGGAAAGGGCAAUCAAUUCCCCCUCUCCCCAAAGCCAAUUGACAUCAUCUGAGCACCGCAUUGAAUUCUUGUGUUUAUUGUGAGAAAAUGACCAAACCAUUUCGGCCAAGUUGUAGUACAUACCACCAGUCUGAGCUGGUGUGUGUGUGUGUGUGACACUGUGUGUGAAAAGGGGAUUUCAAAUCAAUGCCCUAGACCACAUCAAUUGCGCGCAUUGAAUGAAUACAUAAUUAUGAAUAUAUGCAAUAAUGUGAAUCUAAAGGAGAAGAGAUAGAGAGAGAUACAGUAAAUGCGGCAGCGAAGAUGGAAGUCAAUAGCAAGGCAGUUAAAUUGGAAUCCAUGGAAAAGCUCUCACUCUCAGCAUCCAUAAAUGCGUACAGAGUAUGCGUAUGAUGGCAUUGAAGGAGGGGAGAGAGGGGAGAGGGCAUUGAUGAUGGGGGGGCGGGGCGGGGCAUUCACGGGACACGCUAAUGUCUCCCUAAUCACCAGCAAGAAGUCUCAAUAAUAUCUCGCCUGAAUCAAUUCUGCAGACAUGGAAGCCGAUAGCUCAACCGUAACUUCAAGAAAAUCCCCUCUAUAUGUUAUUCUUCAUUUCUAUCGUAUUUUAUCAAUUUAUUUGCAUUUUUUAAUCAUUUACGCCUCGAUUAUGGAAAUCUGUAGCCCUGAAGGAAUUUGGAUCAUCCAACUGUAAUCUAUAUGUUUUCCUGUUCAUUGAUCGGUUAAGAGUGUAAAUUAGUAUGAAUUAUUUGAAAUGAUAGCUCCAAUAUUCAAAGAUUGUGCGCAAUUCACAUGCGUUUCCAUUGAACUGUUGGAUUUAUCAGGGUACCACGGAGUGGCGAGAUUACGGAAGGGAAGAGAUUCAUGACUGUGUCAUCAAGCUGAGGCCGAAUCCUCAGAGACGGAAAAAUGAAGUUUUUAUUGGCUGUGGUGCUGGUUUUGGGGGCGAUCGACCUAUGGCAGCCCUAAAAUUGCUUCAGAGGGUAAAGGAAUUAGACUAUCUUGUAUUGGAGUGUUUGGCAGAACGUACCCUUGCCGAGCACUAUCGGUCAAUGAAGUCUGGUGGCAAGGGUUAUGAUCCCCGUAUAUCUGAGUGGAUGCAAUUGCUCUUACCCUUGGCUGUGGAGAGAGGAGUUUGCAUUAUUACCAACAUGGGUGCAAAGAACCCGUGUGGUGCUCGCGAUGAGGUUUUAAGAAUUGCAAGCAGACUGGGCAUCGGUAUUACAGUCGGUUUGGCCUAUCAGCACAAAGUCUUGAAAUCUGAUUUGAAGGAUGUUCUGAGAGAUGAUGAUGCUGAUGUUAGCGUGUAUCUGGGAGCAGCUCCAAUUGUGGAGUGUCUUGAGAGAUAUAGACCAAAUAUUGUUAUCACUUCUCGAGUUGCAGAUGCUUCCUUGUUCUUGGGUCCGAUGGUAUGGAGUUGGUUGAUAUUUUUCUUGCCUAUUUGUCCUGAGUUCAGAACUGAAAAUAUAAUUAGGUGUAUGAGUUGGGCUGGAACUGGGAUGAAACAAAGCUGUUAGCCCAAGGUUCACUAGCUGGGCACCUGCUAGAGUGUGGUUGUCAGCUCACAGGAGGAUACUAUAUGCACCCAGGAGACAAAUACCGAGACAUGUCUUUCCAAGAUCUCUUAGAUUUAUCACUCCCCUUUGUGGAAGUCAAAUAUGAUGGUUCAGUAUGUGUGGCGAAGGACGAAAGUCGUGGUGGGUUACUGAACUCCAGCACUUGUGCUGAGCAGCUUUUGUAUGAGGUUGGGGAUCCCGGAAAAUACAUUACCCCUGAUGUUAUUCUAGAUUUCCAAGAAGUUGUGUUUCAACCAAUGUCGAAGAAUAAGGUCCUCUGCACUGGAGCAAAACCACAUGUAGAAGCGGUACCUGAUAUGCUGUUACUGCUAGCGUCAAAGGAUCAUGGUUGGAAAGGGUGGGGAGAAAUAUCCUAUGGGGGUUAUGAAUGUGUAAAACGUGCUGAAGCUGCUGAAUUCUUG